GCAAAAAAAAUUGGAGAGGAUAAAAUAAUUGCCAAACUCCAAAUCAUAUGAAUUCCUUAUCACACAUAGGAACUAGUAAAAUGUUACCAUUGUGUUUUUCAAAUCACUCUCAGCUUCUAUAUCCUUUAAUAAUAACCUCCUUUGAUUUCUCUCCUCCACCGCCGCCGCGUCGCCGCCGUGCCCGGCCAAGAAUCACGACGGUGGUCUCUGUCCUCAAAACCUCUCGACCCGUGAGUGAAGCUGCGGUGGAAGACGUUGUUUUCCAAGAUUUCUUGAGGGAAAGAGAGUUAAAUGGGGAUAUUAUCUCGAGAAUUUCUGAUAGAAUUUGGCUGAGGAAUGUGGACGGUUUUGAUUCUGCAGAGGCUGGAAGUGAUAUUAAUGAGACUACCCAAUCAGAGGAGGUACCAGGGGAGGAUAAUGAAGGCGGUUUUUUGAAAUUGAAAAGUACCAAAGAGUGGCUUUCAGGUGAUGCCACAGCGCCAGUUAAUAAAAAGAGGACUCUUAAGGAAAUACAAGAUGACGGGGAAAGAAGGAAAAGGCUAAACUUUCUCAGAUAUGAAGCUCUUAAGAGGGAGCUACUAUUCUUAACGGUGGGCAUUGGGACUGCUUGCAGUGGAUAUUGUUUGGUAGUUUUAUCAGUCCAGGCUGCUCUGAGCUAUGCAACGGGAGUUGUUUUCAGUUGCCUGUACUAUCAGCUGCUUUGCCAACAUGCAGACAACCUCUCACAAGAGACAGUUCCUGAAAUUUUCAAGAAAAAGAAACUGAAGAAAAUCGGAAUAAGAAGCCAAGAUCUGGAAGAUUUUUUUGAGAGAUCUGUUAAAGGCAGCAGCAUCGCUCUUUCAUCUCCCAGGCUUGUGUUUCCUGCUGCAAUAUAUGGACUGUGGGAGUUGUGUCAGCAUUUUGCCCAUGACCUAUUUGAUUUCCAGCUGGUUCCUGCCAUGGUUGGGUUGUUUGUAUAUAAAGCAGCUUGCCUGGUGCAAGUGUAUAGGGACAACGAAGACCUUCAAUUUAUUUUUAAUGAAGAAGGUCCAGCUGACUGAAUAUCUGGAAUAUGUUAUUAAUAAAUGUUACUUGUUGAUGCCAUGGCAAAGUUGGAUACCUACCUGACUGCACUGUCUGGCCUAACGGAGAAUAACCAACAAACAGCAAGCUGUAUUUUACAGAAUUGGACAAGCUUUCUGAACUCUUGCCUGUUAAGAUAGCAGGAUGGAAGGUAUAAAUGCUGCUGCACUUUGACGGUGGAGUUUAUUCGAAAGGGUGAUCAUAGGCAUCCAGAGAACUUUUUGUAGAGACAACUCUAAUAGGGUGAUGUAUAGAAUAUAGAGUACUGUUUGCAAGGUAUUUGACAUGUUCUCCAUUUCCUCUCAAGCAUCUUUGUUGAGGGGCUCAUGUGGAACAGCUUAAGAGAGUGUGUUUUAGUUUGACCUACUUCAUGUGACUCCUGCAAGUGUUAAUAUUCUUGGUUUCCCCUUUUAUUUGGAGUCAUAAAGUUGUGGUAGGUAAUCAUCUUUAUUGUGUGUUUUUGCAACAUUUCUGAAUUGGUAAAUGAAGAUUCAUGUAACCGAUCCAACUUGUUUGUAA